UUCUGUUUCUGCUGCUUAUCCAUCUUCAUUUGUUUAGUCUUUUAUUAGAGGAACGUUAAAGUUAUAGUUCAGGUUUUCAGAGGAAGUAAGAAGAACUGAAAUAAUAAAUAGAUUUAAUCAGUGUCUCCACGCAGCAGCGAAACAGAUAAAUUAGUUUAGAUGGUAAAAAUCUCAAACCUUUGAUCCGGUCCAUCGUGGGAGCUCUCCGUGGUGCUGACGGACUUUCUCUGCAGUCACUGUGUGUAACGAGCUCAGAUCAGACUAACUGACCAGCCUCUCACCUCUCCACAGAGAUCCAGAGAAUCUGCGGAACAAACGCAGGUUUCUCCAGAGGACAUCGGCUCAGUUCGGCUCUUUACGCAGAGACUUUCUAAAGCGAAACUUUUCAUAAUUCAACGUCUUCCUGAAACAGCCCGUGUGUUGGAUCCCCAAAGAGUCAGAAAAUGUCUAAUGAGGGAAACGUCAGCCUCUCAGGGUCUGCGGGUGUGAGCUUGGCACAGACGGGAGAAGCCGAGGUGAAGCAAAGCGCCAGAGGCUCCACCCGGUAAGAGGUGGACAUCAGAGAGCCAGCAGAGCGGAGGUCAGCGAGCCGAGACCAGCGCGUCCUCAAACGAUGGGGAUGAAGCACCUCCUGCUGCUUUUCAUUUCCCUGGACCCGCUGAAUGUCCUGUGCGCCGCCGCCACCGCCAGCAAGAGGAGCAAGAGCCCGCCGAGGAGGAACCCGAAGGCGAAGGAGGUGACCGCCAACAGCACCGCGCUGCCCGCCGCCCCGCGGAAAGUCACCCAGCUCCAGGCUCCGUCCGCGGGUUCCCACGACACCUGCUGGGGUUACUACGACGUGAGCGGCCAGUACGACAAGGAGUUCUCCUGCAACAACACCGACCAUCGCUUCUGCUGCGGCAGCUGCUUCCUGCGCUUCUGCUGCGCGGACCGCGGCAAGCGGCUGGAGCAGAAGUCCUGCAACAACUACAACACCCCGGAGUGGGUCAAGGUUCCGUCCCCCACCCCGACCCCCGCCGGGGACAUCUACGACCCGGAGCUGGACCAGACCAACACCACGGUCUACAUCACCUGCGGCGUCAUCGCGCUCAUCAUCGCCAUUGGGAUUUUUGCUAAAGUUGCUUAUGAUAAAGCCACGAAGCCGCCGCAGGAGAUGAACGUUCACAGAGCGCUGGCGGACAUCCUGAGGCAACAAGGGUCGGCUUCAGCUUCGCAGUUUGAGCAUGAAAACAUGGCGGCCAUUGAUGGUUCUCCCAAAGACGAGACGCCGGUCAGGAGCUCAAAGAACCACUACACACCGGUCCACACCAAGACGUCCAACCACGGGCAUUAUGGGAAGGACACCCUGCGUCCCGGAGGACCAGACAUGCAUAACUUCAUCUCCUCUGGGUUCGUCACUCUGGGCCGGAGCCACCUGAAAGCGCAGCAAUCCAUCGACGAAUCGGGCCAGAUGUCCUGGCAGGGCGACCUGGACAUCCCCAUGUCCUACGGAAACCACCACCAUGAGUACCAGCACAGCCACCUGGACCUGACGGCGCUCACGCCCAAACUGGCCCACAGACAAAUGGGAUACGACCGGCCGCAGCGGAUCAACAACAUCCUGACCUCGGCCACCGAGCCCUACGACGUUUCGCUGUCCAGAUCCUUCCAGAACCUGAGCCACCUGCAGCCGUCCUACGAGCUGCCGCUCAAGCCCGACUUAAGUAAAUACUCUCCUCACAGACUAAGCGAUAAAGACAUGGAUGAUUAUUACCCCAGGAAGCAUCUUCAUCCUGACUUUGCUGGUCGAGGACCAACCCACUUGGUGAAGCUGAAUGCUGAGCCCCACCAGCACCACCAGCCCCACCAGCAGCAGCGGCAGCGCCCUCGGCGGGUACAGAGGGCCAUGUCCCAGGACCACGUCCUGUCCCCCCCCAGGACACCGCGGCGUGGAGACUACGGCUUGUCGUCGUACGGUGCCAUGGCGGCCGCCGCGUACGGAAGCAGCCGCAACCUCUCAAACGAGCAGCUGCUCUCGGCGGACCGCCUCCACUCCCAGGAUCCUCUGCUGUCCCCGGCGAUGAGGCGUGACAAGUUCCGGGAGAAGGCCAUGGCGCGGGCGAUGUCUCACGCCGACAUGCUAAUGCCUACCACGCCGGUCAUGGACCGCCACAAGAUGACCAAGAUGCACUCUCAGCCCACUGCCUCCAGUGACUCGUACAACACGCUGAUGGUCAACCAUCACGCUGGCACGUCCACGUCCAAGAGGCAGGCGUUCGCGUCCCGACGAACACACACGGUGGACCACCUACAGUACAUUCCCGGCCACCACCACACGUACCGCACUGCCAGUAAGAAUGAGGUAACUGUCUAAAGACCGUGUCGGACGAUUCUUGAAAUGCAUCACAAAUGUGAACGGACAUUAUCAGCAUCCGUCAUUAAAACUCUUCUUGUUGUUUUUUUAGCUUUGUGUGUGAUCCAGAAUUUGGACGACUAGGAAAAUCCUGGCAAAGACUUUUUUUCUCUGAGCAUCAUAAGGGCUUUGCUCGUUGACACAAAGAUCCUUCCUGUCGGACGCAGGACAGAGUGAAGAAAAUAUUUUUUAAACCAGACGUAGGACUCAAAGGGAAUUGUACCACCUUUAUAGACAUAUAAAUAAACUCUUUACUGUUUGUAUUUCCAGUCUUUGUUAUAGCUUUAGAGAUACUCAUUAUCUGAUGUACGCACUUCAAUUGGUGCCUCUUGAAAUUGUCCCAUUUCAGCAGUGAAGGGGAUCUGUGGGUUAAAAAGCACAAUUAAUGAAUUCCCAUUUUUUUGGAUUAGGUUUUCUGUUCUUUGACAAACGGCCAGAACAUAUCAGCUUAGACUAUAAGGGAAACAGGCUGUUUUUGUUGCAUACUAUAGAUGAUUGUAAAUAUGCUAUUUUAGCUGCAUAAUGCCCCUCUGGACUACUGUCCCAAGUGGAGUUUAUUAGGUGUUUCCAUUUAUUAAUUCUGUUUUAGGUAAGGAAAAGUUCCCAGAUUAGUAUUAUUUCCACCGAUGUCUGUAAAUUAUGUGGAUCUAAUAUGUGCAUUGGGAGUGUUUCUGUUGUUUUCUAACCCAGCUGGUGGCGCAGAAUGGCUCUGUAUGAAACGUCAUUUUUUGGCCAGUUGCUUCCAUCUCUACAAAUCAGGCCUCAGCGUUGCGGAUCGUCUAGAGUCGAGUCUGACGAAAACAAUCAGUCUGAAGACGUUGUCAUGCUUGAUUGACGAGAUGUCACGUGCCAAUCAAACGCUGAUUAAACUGUGAAAUGUUUGUCCAGUGUUUUUCAUUAAAGCAAUGCCUUAUUGUAUAGAAUGCCAUAAGCUCUUAAAUGAACCAGUAUGCUUUGUCAUGUGUCGUUGUCUCGGUUUCUUUGUGGAGUAUUAUCAUUAUGGUUUACCAGCCGAACCAGCAGGCAGGGGGAGUUUCCUAUUCAUUGUCAUCAAUCCAGUUUGAAAUCCAAACUUUGAUUAGCUGAGUGAUUUUAUUGCUGUUUUUGGAAUUUGUCCAACUGGACACAGAAUAUGAAGCAAAUGCUGGAGGUUAAAAGAUUCCUUGGUUUGGUUCAUAUCACAGUUUUGGGGUCAAAGUCUUUAGCGUGGUACGCCUCGUUUUUCUAGUUUCCCACAAAAAAUACCAAACCUUAGCAAAAUAUAAUUCACAAUUUAUAAGUUGUAAAAUAUCAUCCAUCCGUCUGUGGUGCUUUGCUUGUCUGAGGUCAGAAUGAAAAGCUCUGAGGGAAACUAGCCAUUCCUCUGCCCAGCAGCUCAGUCUAAUUCUGAAACAUCCCCAGCCGUUCCCGGGCCAGAAGGGAUAUUUAACUACUCCAGCAGGUUCUGGGUUGACCUCCUGGGAAUCCCGAUUAAAUUCACCUCAGCUGACUCCUUUCAAUGUGGAGCAGUUCUACUCAGAGGUCUUCAGAGCCCAGCCGCCCCAUGGAGGAAGCCUUUCCCAGCUGCUUGGAUUCAAAGUUUUGUUGAGAGAAUCCAGUCUUGGGCUGACCGGCAAACCGCUGAGCUCUGUAGCUCACAGCUGCAGAUGAGGCCCUGACUCUUCCACUCAUCAGACAAACCAGAACUCAUGAUCAACACUGGGAGGGAGUAUUCCAGUUUAAGCCAUUUAGAGGAGCUGACUCAGUCAGGUUGUUUCAUGGUCAGAAACCGUCCAGUGGACCUUUCAGGUCCCAACAGAACUCCAUCAGCUGCAAAAGCAAAAAUAAGACCCAGACAUCAUCCUGUCCUCAAUAAGGCCCCAACGUACUCAGACACUCUUCACUCUGCAGAAGUUCAGACAGAUCUGUUCAAAGGUACAUUUUUGGAAACGUCUACGCAUACGCUACUCUUUGUUGCACAAUAAACUGCGACAAACCGUUUUCACACUGAACUGCUGCAGGCUGAGAGACGAUGCAACCAGUCGCAUGGAUGCGCGUCAGCCAGUCUGCCGCAUUGCGUCGGUUUCCCGGUGGCUUCCUUGUUGGAGAAGAAACUGGACUAGGAGCCCAACUAGAUCAUCAAACCUACUGGUACCCAUUAGACUUGUGGGAAGUGAAGGAAUUUGUGGUGAGAAAUGUUGGCAGUCGAUGCUCCACUGUGAAUCUCCACCAUCCACCGACACGGUGCGCAGAGUUCAUGGGACUCUUUGCAUAGUUACAUUACUGCCAUCUUCAAGACUUUUUAUUAAUGUUUGGUCUGAAUUAACAGAAAUUUAUAAAUAAUAUUUAGUUAUUGUGUUAUAGAUCUUGUGGAAAUUACAGGAAAAAUAAAAGAUGACGGGUGUCUUCAUCUCUCACCUCUAAUUUGGUGGAAAAACGAUGACCUAUUGCUAUUAAAAAUGAUCAGUUUUCUGUGGCUGUCUAUACCCUGCCCCUCCCCUACAUAUUGCUCAUAAGCAUAUUCAAUAAUAGCGUGACUUUUGUGAUAUCAUGUUAUUGUUGGUCAAGUUUGUGCCACCAUGUAAAUCUCAGAGCAGCCCAUGCAGUUUCCUAUUAAACCCGUCACAUUGCUGCUUACCUUUCUUUAGUCUCAGAGGUGUAGGAAGACAGAUACCGCUGAUAAAUCACGCCUCGCUGUGUAUUUAGCGCUGCUGCAUCUCUGCUUUUCUCCAGAUAAACCAGGAUGCCACUGAUUCUUCAGACAUGUUUGACUCGCCACAUAUUCCAUGAAACACUGAAACCGACAGAACUGGGACUCAAAUAUCAAAGAAAUGACAGAAAAUGACAUCACUUUAAAUUUCACUGCGAGUUGCUGAAGACUCACUCACUUCAGCAUGUCAGAUGCUUGAAACUGAAAGUGAAACUGGCACCUUGGCCUGUUGGGGACUUUCAUAAGCUAUGGCAUUUCAUUCCUAGGUACUCAUCUAAUCCUUAUCUAAAAAAUAUAUAUUAUGACAAUAUUAAUUUACUCUGAUGCAGCAAAACAACGUGAAUUUCUAAUUCUUGAUUGCAAAGCAAAUGUGCUAUUUGGCACAAGAGAGCAUUAAAGCGAUGUAUCUCAGAUGUCGGGUGACUUGAUGUUCCCCUUCUCUCCUUUUUUGGACCCGUGUGACGCCUGCUUUCCAGGACCAUACUGAUAAUGAACAUAAUAUCCACAUCAAAAGAAGAAUUUGCCGUAGUUCCAAAAGCAAAUGGAAAGAGGUGAAGGUGGAAGGAAAUGAUCUACUCUGAAAGAAACAAGAAACUAAGAACUGACAAAAAAUGCUGAAGGAAAAAGUCUCUGGUACCGAUUCACGUCCUUUAAUCAGAGUUGGCAUUAGCUUUUUGGCAAUUCUUAACAGAAAUGAAUAAAAUCAACAACUUUACAGCUUUAAAGUAAAUUAAAGCAUCUGAUGAAUAAGAGAAAUGUUCUGGAUGAUCCAGUGUCUCAUAUUGAUGGCAGCAGCAGAUAUUUAAUCCGGCUGCAGAUUUAUUUAGCGGUGGUUAGCUCAGUAAGACGACUGCUACUACGGUCUGAAAACACUAUGUUUUAUAUAUAAGUAUAUAUUUGACUCAACAAACACAACAGGACUUUAAUCAAAUUCUGCUGCUGCCGUUUUCAUGUUGAAUAAUUUUAUGCUAGGCUAGCGUUAGCAUGUUUGCUUCCUGUUGCUGAUCGUUUGGUUUGUAACAUUUGAAUGCAGUUCAAGUUGUGGACAAUAAAACUGGCAUAAAGAAAAGUUAUUUGGAUCUCACACUUUUAAAUCAUGUCAGAUUUAGAAAGUUUUGUUUCUUCGUUUUGUUUUGUGUGUAGAAAAACAGAAAAUGAUCCCAAAACGUGACGCCGAGGAUAUCCUAGCCAUAAUCACAAAGAGAACACCAACAAGACAGGACCAGUUUUGUCAGGGACUCAGAACCUGCAGACACUGAUACUGGGACCACUGGGAGCGUUAGGAGACGCUGAUACUGGAGAUACUGGACAGAUUGGAGGAAUCCCUAAGACCCACGUCAGAUAAGCUCCACAGUAACGCCGAACUCAAACUGCUCAGUCUGCAGCGUUUUGUUCUCCUGCAUGACUUUAUGGUUUGAGUGACAGUAAUUAAUCCUGAAUGGACAAAUUUAUUCAGUCCCACUAAAACCAGUUGCUUUAAUCCUGACAUAUCCACUAAUUUAAUUGAUAAAACCUUGAAAUCCCACAUAGGUUUGGUCUUACUGAUGAAAGUAAUUACAGGUUUUUUCUUCUCUACGUCUGUAUAUACAUGAACACGAUGUUAUUUGUGAGUUGAGCUUUGUAACUUUAGUGGCAGAAGAGCAAUCCAUCAUGAUAUAUUAUUUAGAGGGUUGCUCAUAAUUUAUAGAUUUGUUUUUUUUAUUGACCUGAUUUAUGAACAAACCAAUGAAGAGAUCAGAGUUUUUAGGGGUCUGGAAUGUUGGCCAAAUGUAUCUUGAGUUUAACAAACGUAUUUCUUAAACUUGAUGUGCCACUUUACUUUUUAUGACAGGUUUGUAAUCAAUGAUGUCAGUUAUAUGUUGUUUUCUCUGAAGUCAGUUUUUCUACGUUAUUUCUUCUUUCUUUCUUUGGUCUGCUUGCAAAAAAUGAGGAACAUCUGAUCUGUGCGGCUGACAGAAGGUGUUAGCUGCUCUGCUGUUAGCAAAUAUCUGCAUCCACUCACUUUAUGCAGCUAAUCUCAGAAACUUCUGCUCCUUCUUUAAUAAUGAUGUCAUCUCCAAAGCCUUUUCUCUUUGUGCAAUAUUUUGUUUUCGUGCUGAAUAAUUCUGCAGCCACUUAUUAUUUAUUAUUAAAGAUUGUGAGAUUCCUUUGCAGCUAUGAAGGCUUUCCUGUCCUUUUAAAUGAAAUAAGGACUUUUCUGUGUUUCUUUGUCAUUUUUAACAAAAAUUAUACAUUUUGGUAUGAAUGGAAACAGUAUAAAUGUUAUUGCACAACUAACUUCAAAACUACAACAUAUGACUGUUCUUGUGGAUUUUUGUUUUACAAAUAAUUAAAGAUCAUCAUGAGUGUUAUACACACUUAUUAAUUCA